CCAAUAUAGCUCAAACAUCUAUGUUCAAGAUAAUUUCAGUGACUGUAAGUAAACUGACCUAUAACUUUAUAACCCUCCUUCCCUGACCUCGAACUGUGUUUUCACCUUGUCUCUGUAUGCACUCUAUACCGAUUACAAUUUUUCCACAGUUCCCCCAAAUCAUCAACCUCUUCUUGUGAAAAGAAACAACCCAAGAAAUGCAAACUAGUUCUUAGACCCAGAGGAAAGAGCUGGGAUUUGUUGGCAUGGGCUGUUCUCCAAACACUUCGACAGGAGACAAUCCUUUCAGAGCAUCUCCUGGUGGUACCAUCAGAAAUGUCUUCCUUAAGUGGGAAAGUGCAAACUGUUUUGGGCCUUGUGGAACCAAGCAAACUGGGCCGCACUCUGACCCAUGAACAUUUGACAAUGACCUUCGAUUGCUCUUUCUGCCCACCUUCUCCCUGCCAUGAAGCUAUCUCUAAGGAACCGAUCAUGAUGAAGAAUUUAUUUUGGAUUCAGAAUAAUCCUUAUUCCCAUAAAGAGAACCUUCAGCUGAAUCAGGAGACAGAAGCCAUAAAGGAAGAAUUGUUGUAUUUUAAAGCUAAAGGUGGAGGGGCCGUGGUAGAGAACACGACCACCGGGAUUAGCAGAGACGUGCAGACGUUGAAGCGGCUUGCCGAACAGACUGGAGUCCACAUCAUAGCUGGAGCUGGAUUUUAUGUGGAUGCAACUCACUCUGCAGAGACCAGAGCCAUGUCAGUGGAGCAGCUUACUGAUGUCCUUAUUAAUGAAAUUCUCCAUGGAGCUGAUGGAACCAGUAUCAAGUGUGGCGUUAUUGGAGAAAUUGGUUGCUCCUGGCCUUUGACAGAGAGUGAAAGAAAGGUUCUGCAGGCAACAGCUCACGCGCAGGCUCAGCUUGGCUGUCCUGUUACAAUCCAUCCUGGACGGAAUUCAAGUGCACCAUUUCAGAUUAUCCGAGUAUUGCAAGAAGCUGGUGCAGACAUGUCGAAAACAGUUAUGGGCCACCUUGAUAGGUCUAUACUUGAUAAGAAGGAGCUAAUGGAGUUUGCUCAACUUGGCUGCUACUUGGAAUAUGAUCUCUUUGGUACUGAAUUUCUCAAUUAUCAAUUCAACCCAGAUAUUGAUAUGCCCGAUGAUAACAAAAGAAUUAGAAGGGUGCGUUUCCUGGUGGAGGAGGGCUAUGAAGAUCGAAUUCUGAUGGCACAUGACAUACACACGAAGCAUCGACUCAUGAAGUAUGGAGGUCACGGCUAUUCUCAUAUACUCACCAACAUUGUUCCUAAAAUGUUACUUAGAGGUAUAACUCAGCAUGCACUUGAUAAGAUACUAAUAGAAAACCCUAAGCAAUGGCUAACUUUCAAAUAGGAUGUUAUGUGUGAGUUUACACCUUGAGUAUAACCCUUGCAGGUAACAUUCAGUGAUUUCAAACCUACUGUGAGAUAUUAGCCAGAGCUACAUAGAACUAAUGACAGAGCAUUUCCUUCUUAUGAGAAAGAGAAGUUUGCCUUCUCUGAAACUGGCCAACUAUUAGAUUUGCACCUCUGGGGAGUUACUGAACCUAAUUGAGCCCUGUCGUUUUGCUUUAACAAAAUAAAUACAGGAUUAUGUAUUUCCAAACAAUGAUUUAAAGCCUAUAUCCCUUAAGUAAGGUUUUUAGGUUUUUUCCUAAUCUAUCAACUGCACUACUUGAGAAAAUUUAAAGUGUUUCUAGUUAAAUUGCCCCCUUCUGGAGCAAUCUGAUGUUUCUUGUAAUAUUGAUGAUCCUACUAAUUAUCCUGCUGUUCUUUAAUUAAUGCUUAAUGAAUAAUAUGGCAAUUUAAAAUAGCUUUUGCAGUAAGGGAAAUUAAAUUUUGAGACUUUUUAUCAAAGACUACUGUAAUAUAAUUACCAAAUCACAACAAUAAAAAUAUUUUGGAAGAUUAAUUAUAUACCAUCUACCUGCAUACAUAUACCCAUAAUAAAUAAGUUUUGAUGCCUUUUC